AUGCCGCAAAUCUCCCUGGACGCGGGACUGCAAGGAUCCCGAUUCGGCCUCUCUGCUCCAGCAGCUUCCAUCUACAAGUAUGGGACCACGAAGAACUGGGUUGCAGCGCUGAAGUUUUUCCGACAGUCAUUGCAGCCCAACGCUCGAAUCGACGCCAACUUCUACAGCGUAGCGAUGAGCGCAUGUGUGACGUGCACACAGUGGCAGCGAGCUUUGUCACUGUUAGAUGAAAUCCCGAUCAGGAACUUGGCACCGUCCGUCAUCUGUUACAACAUUGGGAUCAGCGCGUGCCAGAAAGGUCGGCAAUGGCAGCAGUCUCUGCUGCUGCUCAGGGACCUGUGUGCGGUGAAUUUGAAGCCAGACACGAUCAGCUACAACAUCGGAAUCAGCGUGUGUGAGAAAGGCAGGCAGUGGAAGCUGGCGGUGUCGCUGCUCCAGGAUAUGCGGGAGUGUUGCCUGGAGCCCGAUGUCAUCAGCUACAGCGCUGGAGUCAGUGCGUGCGAGAAGGCUGGUCAGUGGCAGCAGGCGCUGUCGUUGCUCAGCGAGCUGUGUGCGACGAAGAUACAGCCGAACGUUACUGCUACAAUGCUGCAAUCAGCGCGUGCGAGAAGUGCGGGCAGUGGCAGCGCGCGCUGGCGACGCUCGGCGAGCUGCGGAGGGCGAGGCUGGAGCCGACCGUCGUCUACAACGCUGGGGUCAGCGCGUGCGAGAAGGGCGGACACUGGCAGCAUGCGCUGUGGCUGUUCGGCGAGAUACACGCAGCGAGGCUGGAGCCAGACGUGCUAUGGCACUGGCAUCAGCGCGUGCGGAAGAGGCGGGCAGUGGCAGCAGGCGCUCUUUCUGCUCAGCGAUUUAUGUGCGAAGGGGUUGGAGCGCCAGGUCAUCACAUGCAGCGCCGGAGUCAGUGCCUGUGAGAAACAGGGGCAGUGGCAGCAUGCGAUAUCGCUGCUUUGCGAGAUUGUCGAGGCAAAGUUCCAACUCGACGUUAUCGCAUAUAGCGCUGGCAUCAGCGCGUGCGAGAAAGGUGUCCAGUGGCAAAUGGCGCUGUCGUUGCUCAAUGAGCUACAGAUGAAGAAGAUACAGCCCAACGUCGUCAGCUUUAGCGCUGGAAUCAGCGCGUGCGAGAAAUGUGGGCAAUGGCAGCGGGCUUUGCUUCUGUUCGACCGGUUGCGGGCAGUGACGUUGGAGCCUGACGUUAUCUGUUAUAACGCUGGACUUGCCGCGUGCGGGGAGGGCGGGCGUUGGGAGCAGUCACUCUCAUUGCUGAGUGAUUUGCAGGCGGCGAAGCUUGAGCCAGAUGCCAUCUCAUACAACGCCGCAGUCCGUGCUUGCGAGAAAGGCGGACGGUGGCAGAAGGCUUUUUCGUUGUGGAGCGAGUUGUGGGUCUCAGCGUUGGAGCUGAGCGUCAUCAGUUACAACGCUAGAAUCAUAUCGUUGGAAAAGCAGGGCCAGUGGCAGCAUGCUCUGUGCUUGCUCACCGAGCUAUGGGAGUCGAAGUUGGAACUCGACGUUAUCAGCUACACGAUGGAAAUCAGCACGUGCCAGAAAGGCGGGCAGUGGCAACAAGCGCUUGCCUUGCUCAGAAGGUUGCCGGACUUGAAGUUGGAGCCAGACGCCCUCUGGUCAGCUACAGCGCUAUGA